AUGAUCACAGCCUCGUGUGUGGUCACGUUGAAACGUGAUCAAUUUCGGAAAGCUUCAUUCGCGAACAAUCUCGAGGGGCGUUUCAAGGUUGCGAUAGAGAGAGCUUGGGUCAAGCUCCGCUUCUGUCAUCCAGCAAUUGCAGCUACAGUCAGUCGAGAUCCCAACACAGACACGCUCAGAAGGUCUUGUCUUCGCGUCGGCAAUACAGCUGGUUCGACGAUAUCUGAAUGGGUGGCCGCAACGUAUAGAAGCGGUCCUACCGAGGAGUCCAUGUCGAGCAUAGAAGGGUCGUUGGACAUGUGCCAACUCUCUGCACUCAUCCCAGAGCCAGAUCUUCACAGCGAAAUUCUGGAGACUCAAUUGAUUCUGAGAUCGCCCGCCUGGUUGAUUGACAACAACGGCGCCCUCGGACUUCUCAAUGCGCUGGUCAUGUUCGCCGCCAAUGAUAUCAGAAGGCCUACACCAGAGAAUCUCGACUAA